CUCGUUGACGCAAGCAAAGUGAUUUGCCGAUUGACUUGACAUCGUUUGAAAGUCACAUCUAGCAAGGCGCUCAGUUAUUACGGCCAGAAAUAGGAAGUUAGCAUAUGGUCACGCCACACUGUUUCCCUUGAACGUUGAAAACAUUUUCCAUCCCCGCGGAGAAGUCGAAACACCCUUGCCGCAAGGGUCGAUACUCUAAUUGCCUGACAACUCUUCCAAAAUGUCGUCCGGAUUCGUGUCCGCAGGGACAGACCAAGAGCCAGUCGAGCGCAAUGAUGAAUGGCACCGUGUGCAGCAGGAGCUUGAGGAGGAGCGCAGGCGCAAAGCAGAGUUGGGAAAACAGGAUGGAGGAAAGAGUCUGUUUGAAGUACUGCAGCAGAACAAGAUGGCCAAGCAAGAAGCCUUCGAAGAAAAAAUCAAGCUGAAGAACCAAUUCCGAUCGCUGGACGAAGAUGAGGUUGACUUCCUGGACUCGAUACUGGAGUCGACGCGAGCGAAAGAGGCCGCCGUGAAAAAGGAGACUGCCGAAGGUCUAGAGUUGUUCCGUCGCCAGCGGGAAGAGGCGGAAAAGACUCUGCUCGAAGACACAGCUGCCGACGUGGUUCCGGCAGCGGAGGGCGAGGAUUGGAAACUGCCUGCGCGGAAACGACGACGCGAGAAGAGCAAGGACCUUCUUGUCCCCGGGAAAAAACGCAAGUCAUUGAGUGGCGACUCGGCUGGAAGCCCUAAAGGCGAGCAAGCACCCCCAACUACGUCGAAGGAGCCCCGGGUAGAUGAAUCACUGCCAAAGUCUACAUCGGCUCACCAAAUAACCGAAACCGGAACGCAAAAGCCCCUUCGUGUUGCGGAAAGUGCUGCCAACUCUGGGCAACCCGUGGAAAAGAGUACGAGCGCGAACUCGCCAGUCCAGAAGCCAGCUGCAAAUUCAUCGUCACUGUCUCUCGGCCUGGCAGGUUACAGUUCAGACUCGGAAUGAACCCGAUAUUCUGUGGGUGACUAUGAAUGGCUAUCUGGAUAGCCUGUACAACUCUAUACUUCCCUCUAAUAGUUUCGUGAUGCUAGGCAUGCCUUGCAUAUACCCGCAUAGCAAGUGAUGUUUAAUGGGAAUCAAGAAACUCUGCUACAGUAUGGCAUCGUCAGACGCUUAUGGUUUUAAGAAUCAAAGGGCAGAUGCCAUUUCAUGGUAUACUAUUCUGGAAAUAAAAGACAUACCUUGCACGAUCGCCUGGUAGUCUUGUUAGCAAAGCUGCGAAGAUUUGCUUAUGCAAUGGCAGGGGUGAAAUCCGGAAGCAUAGCUCA